UCAAAAAUUAACUAUUACAAUUUAAAAUAUUUAAUUUACAAUUAUUAUACACUACGAAGAUCAAGAUGUGUGAAGUGAUUCUACCAUGUGAAUACAAUCCAAAGGAAUGUCCCAGUCUUCCCAAGGAAAAACCACGUCUCUUCACGAAUCUACUUCUUUACUGUUGGCAAAGGGAGUAUGACAAGCGACCCUAUCGUCAAUUUCAGUUCAAACGGUUAGAGUUUGAGGAGAGGAUUGGUCGGAAGUACCACUGCAUCCGCGACCUUCGGGUCAUUGUUAACUAUCUCCUGAGGCGUCCACAGUUAUCCGUGAACAUUUCUAGCCUGGUCGUUAGCAACUGGGAUGCGGGUCUCCUGAAGGACUUUAUACGAGCCCUAAUUCCCGUUUGGUAUAUAGACUUGACACUAAUGAACUUUCCCCAUGAGUUCUUCGUGAUGAUGCGGCUCAAUGCGGGAAAGUUGAAUGUUAGCCAUUUGAGCUUGCAAGGUCCCUCUUGUGAUCCCGCAGGCACUCCACUCACAGACAAUGAUGUGCGCAUCCUUAGAGAAUUUCUUCUGGUCAGCAAGACCCUACGAAAAUUAAACGUCUCUAGAUGCAGCCUGACCCAAUAUAACUUUGCACUGAUUGCGGAUGGAGUCUACAAGUCGCCAGGAGUCCGUCGCUUAAAUGCCAGCCGGCUGUUAGGAAAGGGUCUUACUCUGGACUCAGAAAAAAUGGCCUCCAUACUUGGUUCACUGCUGAUGCAGAACACACUCUGGAGCCUAACGUUGGAGCACUGUGAACUGACCGCCCAGGAUAUGAUUCCUAUCGCCGAAUACUUGGCACUGCCCGAUUCGCGAUUCCGGCGUCUGCGAAUCGCCUGCAAUAAGAUUGGCCCGGAUGGAGUCUUUUUUCUCAUGCGUGGGAUGUCCUUAGGUGGGUAUCUGGAGUUGCUAGACAUUAGAUACUGUUCAAUUGGCACCCAUGGUGGCGAGUGGGUGGCCAAGUACCUCACCUCCUGUCGCAAGCUGCAGAGCCUACACUUGAACUACAACGAAAUAGGCAGUGAGGCAGUGAAUUUAAUCCUUUUGGCCAUGAAAAAGCGUUGCAAGCUGGAGCGCCUUACCUUGUAUGGUAAUACGUUCGAUUCGCGUACGGCUAUGAUUGUGCGUCGUCUGCUGGACGCGGAGGUCGUUCUUCACUCCGAGCUGGACAUUAGUUAUACCUACGACGAGGCUCUGCAGGAUUACAGGGUAGUGCCUUGGAGAUAGAAAAUGGUUGGUAAAGUAUUGGUUCUGUGUGCAAAUAGAUUUAUUAAUGGGAAAUUAAAACAAAAGUUACUAAUAAAAUUCUUUGUAGAAUUGAAUGAUG